UACGAAAAGGCGGCUCAGAAAGUUGCCGAAGGAUUUAGGUUUUCGACUGGUCUAGCGAUCCAACGGAUAAGAUUGACCGAUGAAAUGGUAAGUUUCCCUUCUUUGCAGGUUGGCUUAGGACAACUGUACCUGACUGGAGGACGAGGUGUCGAGCAGAAUUUCGAUCUAGCAAACAAGUACUUCUCGUCUGCUGCUGAGUCAGGUCAUGCUGGUGCAUUUGCUUUCCUUGGAAAGAUGUACCUUGACGGAACCCACAUCACACCUCAAGAUAAUACAACGGCCUUCAAUCUGUUCCUGAGAAGCGCUGACAAGGGAAACCAAAAUGGACAGGCUGGCUUGGGUGUGAUGUACUUGCAAGGAAGAGGUGUUCGCAAGGAUUAUGAGAAAGCAUAUCGUUUGUUCUCAUUGGCUGCUGAGCAAGGAUGGGUAGACGCUCAGUUGUAUCUUGGUGAAAUGUCAUCAUACAUUUAUUCCUAUACCAUCAUUGCUUUAAUUUUAGAAGGCCUGGGGGUAAAAAGAGAUUUCAAAGCUGCUUUGAAGUACUAUCAAAUGGCAACGCAGAACGGUCACAUACUUGCAUCCUACAACUUGGCUCGUAUGCACUCUUCAGGAAUCGGUGUAAUUAGACAGUGUACUACCGCUGUUGAGUUUUACAAAAAUGUAGCCGAACGCGGUCGGUGGAGUGAGCGUCUGAUGGAGGCUUAUACUGCAUAUAAGGAAGGACGUCGAGAUGAAGCUGCUAUCAAGUAUUUGUUCCUUGCAGAACUCGGAUAUGAGCCGGCUCAAACAAAUGUCGCUUACAUUUUAGACAGAGGCGAAGCCGACUCGCUUUUCCCAUCCUCUAAAGAAAACGUGCUCGAAAGAGCUAUUGUGCAGUGGCAACGUGCAGCGAAUCAAGAAUACCCGUUGGCGAGAAUCAAGCUUGGCGACUAUCACUAUUAUGGUUGGGGAACGCCGGCUGACUAUCAACAGGCUGCACAACAUUACAAGCUAGCAGUUGAACGUCAUGCUACUGCACAAGCUAUGUUCAACUUGGGUCUCAUGCAUGAGCAAGGACUUGGAAUCACCAGGGAUCUUCACUUAGCAAAACGUUUCUACGAUAUGGCUGCUGAACAGAGUUCUGACGCCGCUGUUCCGGUAGCGCUAGCCUUGGCUAAACUUACUGUCCUUUUUGUGCUCGAACAAAUAAACAAGCUAUUGGAAAAAUAUAUUGGGCCCAAUUGGGAUAUUGUGGCGAUGACGAUCUUGGCCGGUGUGCCCAUGAUUAUAUUCCUCAGGUGGAGGCGUGGUCAGCAUAUCUGA